GCGACUCUAGUCGCAGGAGUGCGAGAGAGGCGAGCUGGUGGCGCGCGGUCCAGAGUCGACGUGAUUCUGUGCGAGAUUUUCCCCCUGAAGGGCACGCUCUCCCGGAUCGCGAGAUAUUCGGACCCUCGGGAACCGGAGGGAGAGAGAUACCGGGAUAAUUCGGUGCGAGGAGCGAAUCGAGACCCGCUCGAGAGCGGCUCCUUCUCGUCGAGGAUAGUCCGGAGACACAGAGCACCAAGUCCCUCGGACUGGCAUCGAUAGUUUAGUCCAAUCUAUACAUAUAUACUCAUAUCUUUACGCGCACCCGCGCAUAUAUAGGCAAAAGUUAGACUUAAAUCCGAAAGGGGGAGGAAAAGGAAGGCGCAGGUCGAGGUUUCGACAGUCGAGUGUGCCCUCUUACGCAGCGCGCAAGCUCCGUGCCGAAGGCGAGCCCGCUGAUUGGCUGGCCCGCCAGCGCUGGCCAGCGAUGUCGGGAAUCCGCAUCAACGUCGAGCGAGCUUCCAACGACGGCCGCGAAGAGGCCGAACUGGACGUCGAGGAUACGACGACGACGACGACGGUGCCGCCCGGGAGUCUGCCCUCCUGGCACAUCCCUAGGCCCUCCUUGGUGGGCCGAGGCGAGCGGGACAGCGAGACCGGCAGCUGGACCCAUCAUCAUCUGCACCCGAACUCACCCUCCAGAGGGUCCACCUCCUCGCAGGGGUCCACGGCCAGCACUCACAGUGCAGCUUCCGGCACGCUGCUCCUCACUGCGGCGAACCUGGCGAACCUGGCGGCGAUGCAUCCUCCCAUGGUGACGGAGCCGAAACCCAUGGACACUGCAUCGGUGGCCAGCAGCACGCAUUUCACGGUUGUCAAUGGCCUCGGCAGACCGCCGACAGUUUACAGAAAGUCCUGGUGUGCCAGGAACCAACUCACCGUGCUCAUCUGCACCAUGAGUUUCCUCUUCAUGGUGGCCCUGUUCACCGCGGUUCUUUACAUGGAGAUGAGGGCUCGCGACAAGUAUAACUAGACCACCCGGAGGAGGAGGAUGCCGAAGGGAAAAGAUGGCUUCCAUUUAAGUUUACGAAGAGACGACUUCCUGAUCACCGGAAGGAGGAGAGACCCGCAGGAAGGAGCGAUAAGCGAGCGGCAUCGCGUUGCCGCUUUCUCGUGCGUUUAGGUGAUAAGAGGAAGAGGCCCCGCCGCGUUAUCACGACGCUUCGGCGGCCUCUUCCGCCAUAGUCGAUAAGCUGUAUUACACCGUGUCGAAAGUGUGGUACGUCAAAUCAGUAAUUACAUUUGUGUAAUGAGCGCAUCGCGUCGAGCCCCCCCCGAGGUCUCGUCGAGUAUAAUUUAUCCUCAGAUUAAGGAACCCUAUGACGACGACGAUAAGACGCAAGGAUAUCUCUGAUCGAUCGACAAGUCGCGGGUUCCAGCGACUUUAGAGACGGUUCUCGGCCGGUUUAGCGUAGUUCCUAAACCACGUCGAUACUUCGAACUCAAGAUGGCGGCAGCACCGUUGGAAAUGUGGAGGACUCCCUCGAAAUUCCUCGCCAAAAUAAUUUUCAUUCUUUUCUUUCUUACCCCCCUAACGAUCAUUUGCAAUAGUGAAUUGUAUUAUAAUGUUUAUUAUUUAUGGCACAGUAUAUUAUAGAGCGAUCAUCGAUGCGAUUGGUUGGCCUUGCGAAGACUGAAGAGAGAAAAACUGCGACGAAUUCUCGCGGAGAUCGCCAAUUUAUCUCGAAAGUACGAGCGUUUGAGUGAUAAUGAGAAAUCGAUUCCAAGAAGGAACAACGCGGGUUAACCGUGUGUCCUGUGAUUAGUGAUAAGUCUCCAUACUUUGAUAACGCGCGUGCUCCGUCGAUCUUGCCUUGAAUUUAGAACGGACGCUCGAUGAAGGUACUCGUUAAACAUGUUAUACAAUUUUAUGCAUAUGUGCCCGGGUCCCUGCUCCGCAUUUCGGGGCAUUUAAGUUAAUGAUAGAGUUGUCGAUAAACAAGUACUGCCUUUUCGAAAGAUGUGCGCUCCGCCCGCCUUGCCUCAGACUUAGGACGGCCAUGGACCGCUUUUACGCAACUGUGAAUUUCGCUUAAAUUCGAGUCUGAAAUCGGUAAAGGGAGAGCCGAGCACCUCAGGGCUGCGGCUUCUACAGAGGACAGAUUAGCAAUGUAAUUUAGGGGUAAUAAUUUAAUCGUUACUAACAAUGUCGAAAUCAAACGUGGGACACCCCUCCCUAAUGCGUUAGGCGGGGGGCAAUGUGUGGAAAAGCAAUGAAGAGCAGUUGCACCGACCGCCCUUCGUGACUGUGAUAUUACUUGUGUAUUAAUUAAUCGUCGAUUCAACAAGAAAAUGUCAAACUAUAA